AUUAACGAAGUUGGACCUAUAUUUCAGCUUUUUAAAAAGUAAGCCCAAUUAAUAGAAAAUUUGCGUUGCUUUGGUGGUAAGAAAAUUUAAAAGAAAGAUACCGUUCAACGGUAAAAUUUUCCAAAGCGGACACCGAAACUUGCGGCGUACGCAAAUACUAACCGCCACGCUGACCUUGCCCACCAAAAUCCAAAAACCUCAAACCGCCAAAAAAGGAAAAUCUCUGAAAAUAACUUGAGUAAAUAAAUUCCCAACCACCUUUCUUCCGAUUUCAUAGUUAAAGCGAAAAGAAAAUAAUGAAGGAAGACGACGACGACAGUGGACCUCCAAACAGAGAACUGUACGCACUGUUACACCUAUCACCGGACGCCUCCGAUGAAGAAAUUCGCGGAGCUUCACCCUUACAAAUGCCAAGCUAUGAAGGGAAUUGCUACAGAGAAUUUCCAAAGAAUACGUAAAGCAUAUGAAAUAUUAUCUGAUGACAACAAAAGGCAAAUAUACGAUAUUUACGCUCGAAAAGUUGAAGCGAAUGAAGGAACAAGAAAACAUGUCAGCGCAUUUUCUACCUUCGGGUUCAAUAGUGGCUAAUUUAUUGCUGCCUCAGUAUCUUGAUGGUGAUGGCAUUAUGGGAGGAACUUUUGCUAGGUCCAGAGUCAUCUAUUGGGGUUGGAUGUCAAAAGAAAGACAAAAAUAUGUCUGCUGCUGGAGAAGUGAAGUUUGGCACACGUUUUUUGGGGUAUCAGCUCAUUAUACUCAUCUUUUUUCCUCAAAAUCUCAUGGUCGUAUUGCAGGCAGAUUUAUAAGCACCGCUCUUGAGGUUGAAGUUGGUGGUGGGAGUAAAGUGUCUGAUUUUGGCACUGUUCACAUGCUGUAUACAAUUGGAAUUCGGGGUAUCUUUUGGAGAUUUGAGUUGUACCAUGGAGGCCAAAAAUUAAUUAUUCUUAUUUUGCUUUCCAGGGAUUUGAAUCCUGUUUUAGCUACUGGGGAAUUUGUAGUUCCAACAUCAAUUUACUUUAUACUCAAGAAAUUUGUUUUUAAACCAUAUUACCUUAAGAGGGAAAAGAUUAAGACAUUGGAAAAUAAGGAAAGGACUGCCACCCAGGUUCAAGAGGCAAGGGAAGCUGCAAAAGCUUAGCAGUUUUUAGAGAAUGUGGUCAACAGGAAAAGAAAUAAGCAACAGGAAACAGGUGGACUGGUUAUUAUUAAGGCAAUUUAUGGAAAUCGUAAAGCUUUAAAGAAAGUAGAUGAGCUGAGAGAAUUGAAUGAUGAACUAGCCUCAAAAGUGUUGGAUGUAACACUACCUCUUAAUUUCCUCGUUAACGAUUCAGGCCAACUUAAGGUUUGCUCCAGAAGGAGGGGGGCGCAUUUCUUUCGAUUUUAAGACUCUUGAAAAGUUUAUUUAGUAAAUAUAACUGGGAUUUGGAUAAUUUGGCUAUUGGUGCAUGCUUGUUUGUUCGUUGGCUACAAGUGCAUCAGAAGAACCGGCAGUUGAUAGAUACCUUUAGCAUAAUAACCUUGGUUCUUUGUCUCUUUGACGCACCUUCAUGACUGUGUAAAGAAGUCGGGCAUUAUGGGCUUCUGCGAUCCAUGCCCUGGAGAACCUAAGCAAUUACAUGUGGAGUACACUUGCGGUGGUAACAAAUAUGAGGUACUACGACCACUUACUCUUUCUUAUUGUCCUAAUCGAAAGAUUAAAUGGUAAUGAUGGCAUUGACCAAGAAAAUUCUGAACCAGGUUGUUGUGGAUGAUUACGAGGAGUUGGUAAUACCGCAGUUGGCACACACAAAUCUGAAUUCACAAUUUUUAACUUGAUUCCUGGUUACCUCCGGCAUUUUUGAUGCUUGACAUGCCUUGGAGUUACCAAAAUUUUCACUUCCGCGGGUACAUU